GCUUCACCAAAACCAUCCACGUGCCCGCCCACCUGUCACGGUCCUUGCUAUCUGGGAUCCUUGGGACGGGCCUACCUCCCUUUGAAGUUGACAUUUAAAAUGGUUAAUAAUGCUUUAAGUUAGGUAAGGAUUAUGGUUAAGGUUAGGAUUUAGGGUAUGGACGUCCCAAGGCUCCCGGAUAGCACUAGCAUACCUGGCACUGCUACGCGGAAGUAAGUGGAUGAACGCAAAAUGGUCAUCUGUGCUUCGGAAUCAAGGGAAUAUAAACGUAAAAAGUAUGCGGGCUGUGUCUGCGCUAGUGUUCCUGGCCGCGGGUGUGAUGGUGGUGUUGAUGUACCAGGCGGUCCACCAGGAGCUGACUCUGCGGGGUCUUAAAGCCCGCACUCUGGAGAGCUCCUCUCAGGUUAAGCAGAAGGAGAACGACAUCGUCCAGGUCAAGAUGAAGAUCCAGAAGCUGAAUGGUGAGCUGGAGCCCAUCAACACCAAGAGAGACGAGCUGACUAAGAAGAAGGAGGAGUCUGCUAAAGCCACAGGCGAGGCGGACAAGAGUCUAAAGACCUGUCAAACAGAGAAGGCCGAUGCGGAGAAAAAGAAGACUGACGCGUCGGCGGCCCUUCAGAAAGUUAAAGAUGAUCAAGAAGCAGAGAAGAAGAAAGCUCAGGAGGAGAUCCAGGCGUUGAAACAGCAGAUUCUGGACCGGGACAAGGCACUGUGUGCUUUUGUGGACCAGACCAAUGAGGAAGGACGGAAGCUGUGUGGAAUCACAGAGGCCCCAAAAUGAAGACUUGGACUACACUAUCAGCCUCCAUCCCUCCCUCACUCCCUCCCUCACUCCCUCCCUCAUGCUUGCCGUGAUGCACACACACCCUACAACCACUUUCACUUCACUGUACCUCUCAAUACUCAGGAAAAUAAAAAACAAGAAGGGUUUGGAAAACCCAGUCUGAAUGUCAUGUCUUCAUUACAUACAGUACACUGUUAGUUUAUGUAUGCAGGUAAGGAAGGGAGACAUUACAUGUUUUUAAUUAGUGAGUUUCAUCCUAUGGUACAGUACAUUAAUGUAGGAAUGACUGAAAGAGGUUAGGGAUAAUUCCCUCAGAGAUGGAGCAGGGUGUCUCUGAGGUGACUUCUGAAUGUUGCAAAGGUUCUAGAGAAGGGUUCUAGAGAAGAGUUCUAAAGAAGUGUGCAGGUGCAUGCCCAUCUGGUUCAAUUGUCUAUUAAAUAUUUAUUAUGCAUAGAUGUAUGAUUGACCUUUAUAGUGCAUAGAUGUAUGAUUGACCUGUAUUGUGUAUAGAUUUAUGAUUGAUCUUCAUUGCAUUUGGGUGUGGUGUGUGUUAAUCAGAGUAUAACAUUGCCCUAUGUGCGUGUGGGUAAUGGGAAAAUGUAAGAUGAAUAAAGUGAAUAUUCAGUUAACAGGAAUUAACACAAUGAUUAGCAUAUUUAUAUGUUUUCCCUUUCUAUAAUACACAUGAUUUCCAAUGUUCUAUUUGUGACACUCACUUUUGUAUGGGUUGAUGGUCACUAGACCUGAGCUACUGAAGGUACAAGGACUGAGAACACACUGAUUAUUAUUGUAUUGAUGACAUUAUGAACACUGUGUGAUUCUGUAGCAGCCGGCAAAGUCACUGUCUUUUGUAUUGACUCCAAGCCUCUCUGGUUGAUAUUUUAGAGAACAUUUGGUACUGUCUGAUAAGAAUAUGAAGGUUCGGUCUCCAAGAGCCCUGUUGGACAUUUUCUGUGCUUCUGUUCUGGAGGUGUCUCCCUGAAUGAUUGUAUUAAACUGGAUUGAUCUCUGAUUGAUAUUA